AUGGAAAUCUCGCAGUCCUCACCCAACACGCCCACCGAGGGCGCCCAGAAGAAACGUCGCCGCACCGAAGCACAGCUGGCCCGCAAGCGCCAGGCUGACCGCAUCAAUCACAAGGCGAAGCGCGAACAACAGAAGCGCCAGAUGGAGAGCCUCGAAACACAAGUCACAAACCUGCAGGAGGCCGUGCAGUCGCUGACAGACCAGGUACGCGUUCUCAACGAACGACUGCGGGAUCAGACGCGAUAUUUCUCCUGCUUCGACAUUGGUGAGACACCAAGUCCUGUUGCUGCCGCCGGCAACUCAUCGGCCUCGUUCAGCCAGCCGCGGCCUCUGGCAAAUGCACACGAUAUGCUGCUCCUGCCGGCAGAUAAAUUACCGAUGCUUGUUCCGACGCCGGCAAUGGGGGAGCCUGAUAACAACGUUCCUGUUGACUGUCGGUGUGGAGUUGACCAUCGAUCUUACUACGAAUGUCUCGAGUACUCAACCUUCUCCAUCCUGCUGCGGGCUCACCAGGGUCUCAAUAAAAGUAUCUCGAAUAGCACGCGUCUCCCCCGCACACCCUCACUUGUCCACGUCUUCCGCCCAACUUCGACCGAUAAUCCCGUCAUCCAGAUCCUGGGCCUGGUCUUCAGCCAGGUCCGACCGGCAAAUGUCCGAACGCUCUUCGCAUGCUACGUCGUGAUGUAUCGCUUUCUCCGAUGGCGCCUUUGCCCCGACGAAGAAACCCAACGCGACGUCCCGGCCUGGCUGUACCCGACCGAAAUCCAAAAGACGAUCCCCCACCCCGUAUGCAUCGACUUCCUCCCUUGGCCGGGCCUCCGCGACCGGUUGAUUCACAAUGUACAACAAAUCCAGGACUCGCGGCACUCUGUCAUGAUGUAUAUGCGUUCCAUUCAUUUCCGGUGGCCGGAGGACCAGGAGUUUAUCUAUACCAGCGAGAACGGAGAGUUGAUGCCAACGCAGGGUUUCGAAACGGGCCUGUACGAAUAUGAGAAUUGGCAAGUGUCACCCGAGUGGGCUGCGACGUUCCCGAAGCUGAAGAAAUAUGUCAAUGUUGGCGCGGCUGCCUGA